AUGGAGGUGGACGAGGGGCCAGUCGCAACUGGAAACGGAAUCAAAACGUUUGUAGAUGAGGUUGAACAUACAGUAAGGCAAGCCCGAGUUGCAGCGCAUAGUCAUGUGAAAGGCUUAGGGCUUGAUCCUGUGACCAGAGAAGCUCUUCCUAACGCUGGAGGGCUUGUAGGGCAAACACUUGCUCGCACCGCUGCAGGGGUGUUUGUUGAUUUGGUCAAAAUGAAAAAUAUGGCUGGGAGAGCACUACUUCUUGCAGGACCACCGGGAACAGGAAAAACUGCUAUCGCUCUAGCCAUCGCUCAAGAACUGGGUGACAAAGUUCCAUUUUGUCCGAUCGUGGCAUCCGAAGUCUAUUCCAGCGAAGUGAAGAAGACAGAAAUUCUCAUGGAAAACUUUCGCAGAGCUAUAGGCUUACGUGUGAAGGAGAAAAAAGAAGUCUAUGAAGGUGAAGUAACAGAGCUUACGCCUGUCGAGACGACGAAUCCGCUUGGAGGAUAUGGGAAAACCAUUUCGCAUUUAAUCAUCUCACUGAAGACUGCCAAGGGAAGCAAGCAGCUCAAAUUGGACCCAAGUAUUUAUGAUAGCAUUCUCAAGCAGAAGGUCGAAAUCGGUGACGUGAUCUAUAUCGAAGCUAACAGUGGCGCUGUAAAGCGUUUGGGGCGCUGUGAUGUCUAUGCCUCCGAGUUCGAUCUUGAAGCUGAUGAGUUCAUCCCACUUCCCAAAGGUGACGUUCACAAGACCAAAGACUUAGUUCAGGAUAUUACCUUGCACGACCUCGAUGUCGCCAACGCUCGCCCUCAAGGCCAACAAGGCAAUCUUAGCUCUGUGUUUAGUCAAUUGUUCAAACCCAAGAAGACCGAAAUAACGGAUAAGCUCCGCACUGAAAUCAACAAUGUCGUCAACGACUACAUAGAUCAAGGAGUAGCCGAGUUGAUGCCUGGGGUGUUGUUCAUUGAUGAAGUACAUAUGUUAGAUUUGGAGUGUUUCACUUAUCUCCAUCGAGCUCUUGAAAGUACAAUCAGUCCCGUUGUAAUUUUUGCCACAAAUAGAGGAGUGUGCAAGAUAAGAGGCUCGGACGAGAUGUCACCUCACGGAAUGCCUCGAGAUCUCCUUGAUAGAGUUCUGAUCGUGCCAACCAUUGAGUAUUCUGUAGAAGAACUCAAAAAGAUAAUCUCUAUUCGAGCUGCCGCCGAACAUGUAAAUUUGUCACCAUCUUGUUUGAAAAUUGUCGCAGAUCUUGCACACGAGACCUCAAUGAGGGCGGUUGCUCAACUGCUUACUCCUGCACGGAUACAUGCUCAAGUCAGUGGUCGCGAUAUUGUUGAGGAUGAUGACAUCAGGGAAAUCACGGAACUCUUCGUUAUCAAUCGACGUAAUGAUAAUCAGUCGGCCGUUUCUGAUGAGUCUGAGUCUACUGCCCACACUUAA